GCAUUGUGGGAAUCAAGAUGGCGGCGCUUGUGAGAGGAUGGAGAGCUGGCUGCCGUUUGCUUAGUGUCGGCGUUUUACAGCGAUCUGCACCCCUUGUUAAAGCUCAUAUUCCUGCAGUACCAUUUCGUGUGUAUAGUUCAACGAGUAAGAAAGUAAACCAGUCAGAGUAUGUUACAGGAAAACGAACAGAGGUUGAUGAACAACGGGUGAAAGAAAUUUUAGAAGACGGUUUGAAAGACCCGAGCCUCACUGAUCCGAGUGACCCGAGUUAUGUUUCACACGGAUUCCACGAUGACCCCCAUAUUGACCUGCUCACCUACCGGAUGGUCUUCUUUGCUGGAAUAUCAAUAAUGAUGGUCAUAGCCCCUCUGUAUGUGCAUUACCUUCCAGAGAGCAAUGCUCGUAUAUGGGCACGGAGACAAGCAGAGAUGGUUAUUGAAGAGAGAAGGAAGAAGGGGUUACCACUGAUCGAAGCUGAGUUCUGUGACCUGGAGAAGUUGGUUCUGCCGUCUGAUGAAGAGGAGGAGAGAGCAUGGGCAACUUUCAAUGGUUAAACGAUCGUUAUCGUCGGAGCACCUGUGACUGCUAAUAGUUAUAGAAUCAAGUUGGUUUUUAUUUAGCCAUGGGUUUUGACAAUAAGGGAUCGACUUAUUGGGGUUUCAGGGGUUUGUUCAGUCUCGUAAAACUAUGCUCAGUCAUCCUUUUUGUCUUAUAUAAAGAAUGGGGCUGAAAAUGUUUGAAUAGCUAUGCAGACCUGGAAUUCCUCUAAAGGGGCAAGGCCAGUUUCAUUGUACAACCACUCUUGUUGGGAAAAACCUUGACGUCUUUGGGCAAUAAUUUGAAGGGGCACAAAGUUGCCUCUUUGUAAUUCUAGGCCUUUAAACGUUCAGCAGUCACUGUUGCUUUAUGGUCAUGAUUUGUUUAAUAGUUCUUACGCUGCAGAUACUAUGAAAGGUUAUUUUGAGAUUUUAAACAACGUUUUGAGUUGGGGAAGCAAGAAUUAUGAUUUACACAGCAUCAAAUUGUGGGUCAUUUUGUUCUAGGAUUCAUCAACAAUGCCUUAUUUAGAGUGGAGUGUUAAUUGUGUGGGGGAAAAGAAACAUGCUUAAUUAUUCUUGUUAACAUUUUCCAGCCAGGUGACCAACCAUUUUAAAACCAUUCAACUGCAAGGGUUAUGUUUGGUGGCAAACCAUUCACAGCAAUAGAGCACAAGUUGUCAACUUAUUGAGUUCACAAAACAAAACAGGAUUACUCUUCAGGAGCAAUUCUCCCUACUAACAUGCAGAUUCUUCCAAGCAGUUAUGUGACAUUUUCAAAAAAUCUGUCAAAGCUUUUCAGUUAACAGAACAUUAUUUGAAUAGCAUUGUGGUUUGAUCAGUGUAAUAUACCUUUAAAGAGUUGAUUUUUUUGUUUGUUAGAUUAAAAUAAAAAAAGAUUUACAAAUUUGAACUUUA